AUGGUUCUUCUCCGCACACGUGUUGGAUUCAUCAUCAAACGAUUCUCGACCUCGGCGACACCAUCGACAUCCUCCGCUUCCGAUUGGAAAACCCAGCUGACACUAUUCCGAUCAGCCACCGAAAUCGCUUCGAUAAUCUUACAACGUCGCGACUGGAUCACUCAUCUCCGAUAUGUUAAAUCAAAGCUCCCAAAUUCAACACUUACGCCGCCGAUUUUCCUCCAGAUCAUCCAUGAAACUCGAAAGUCUCCUGAAACCACUCUUGAUUUCUUCGAUUGGGCCAAAACCCAUCUCCGGUUCGAGCCGGAUCUUAAAUCCCGUUGCCGAGUAAUCGAAGUGGCUACCGAAUCAGGUCUCUUGGACCGAGCUGAAGCCCUCUUGCGUCCUCUGGUUGAAACCCAUUCCGUGUCUGUGAUCGUCGCGUCGAUGCAUCGGUGGUUUGAAGGUGAAGCUUCACUCUCUGUCUCAGUUAGCUUAGUUCUUGAGUGUUAUGCUUCAAAGGGUAGUUACCAAAACGGCUUGGAAGUGUUUGGUUCGAUGAGAAGAUUGAGACUUUCGCCUUCACUUCGCGCUUACAACUCUCUUCUUGAUUCUCUGGUUAAAGAGGAUCAGUUUAGAGUGGCUUUGUGUUUGUACAGUGCCAUGGUUCGAGACCGGGUUGUCUCCGAUGGGCUAACUUGGGAUUUGGUUGCUCAGGUUUUGUGCCAACACGGAAAAUCCAAGAGUGUUGUUAAAUUGAUGGAAACAGGUGUUGAAAGCUGCAAGAUUUACACCAAUCUUGUGGAAUGUUAUAGCAGAAACGGGGAAUUCGAUGAGGUGUUUCGUGUAAUUCAUGAGAUGGAUGACAAGAAACUAGAGCUGAGUUUCUGUUCUUACGGUUGCGUAUUGGAUGAUGCAUGUAGAUUAGGAGAUGCUGAGUUGAUCGAUAAGGUUCUUGGUUUGAUGGUAAAGAAAAAGCUUCUUACUUUAGAUGAUUCGGCUAUGAAUGAUCAGAUAAUCGAAACGCUCUGCGAUAUGGGGAAAACGUUUGCCUCUGAGAUGCUUUUCCACAGAGCUUGUGAUGGUGGAACAGUGCGUGAUCAGACAUACGGUUGUAUGUUGAAAGCUCUGUCUAGAAAAGAGAGAACAAAAGAAGCUGUUGCUGUAUAUCGGUUGAUUUGCCGGAAAGGUAUCACGGUACUUGAUGAGAGCUGUUACAAAGAAUUCUCAAAUGCUCUUUGCAGAGAUGAUGAUAGGUCAGAGGAAGAAGAGGAACUCCUUGUGGAUGUUAUAAAGCGCGGUUUUGUUCCUUGUACAGACAAGUUAUCAGAAGUUUUAGCAUCGUUGUGUCGGAAAAUAAGAUGGGAUCACGCAGAGAAGCUUCUUGAUUCGGUUAUGGAAAUGGAGGUCUACUUCGAUUCCUUUUCUUGCGGGUUAUUGAUGGAGCGUUAUUGCAGAAGCGGGAAGUUAGAGAAAGCGAUGGCACUACAUGAAAAGAUAAAGAAGAUGAAAGGAAGUUUGGACGCGAACGCUUAUAACGCGGUUCUUGAUCGGCUUAUGGUGAGGCAAAGAACUAUGGUGGAAGAAGCUGUUGGGGUGUUUGAGUACAUGAAAGAGAUGAAAUCAAUGAACAGCAAGAGUUUCACGAUCAUGAUUCACGGGCUGUGUCGUGUGAAGGAGAUGAAGAAAGCAAUGAGAUAUCAUGAUGAGAUGUUGAAAUUGGGGCUGAAACCUGAUUUAGUAACCUAUAAGCGUCUUAUCUCCUGUUUCAAAUGA